UAUCACACCUGCAGUGUGAACACCUGAGCAGCAUCAUCCUGUUCCUGACGGAGCUCCAGCAGACACCAUGCCGCAUGCGCCUCCUCCUUACUCGGACAUCUUCGACGAGCUUUUGACGGAGGACGUGGAGGAGCUGCUGGGCCGCUUCCAGCUCUCGGACUCGGUUAGAUACGAGGUGUUCGCGGACAUCUGGAGGCAGAUGUGCUUCUCGGAUGUCUUCAGAGGAAUCCCCAGCCUAGCAGAGCUCAAGAGGUUCAGCAGGGUGACUCUGGCCACAGCCGUCAACUACUUCCUGCCUCCGUUCAGCUACCAGAUCAGAGUGGGAGGUUUGUACCUGAUGUUUGCCUUCUACCACACGCAGCUCUGCAGACCCCCGGUCCGCAUCAGGCUGGCUCUGAAGGACUGGAUCUACAUCAAGAAGUUCCUCGGAGAUUCCGCAGACGCCGGGCACAGCGACGUGCUUUACAUCUAUCGUAAGCUGGACGCGGCCAAAGCCUUCUACUACACCGCCAUGCCGCACGUCCUCGCCUUCCAGAAGCAGCGCAAACCCAAGAAGGCCGCUGUGUGUGCGAAGUUCCUGGGCAGAGCGACCGCGGUGCAUGAGCUCAUGUGUGCGGACAUCCUGGAGGAGCUGGGCAACCUCCAAGUCCACUACGAGCAGCUGAAGGAGGCCUGCCCGGAGGUGAAAGGUCAGGUGGCAAUGACGCACCGAGACCUGGCCUCCCGCCUCACAGACUGCAUGUCGGAGUUCAUCAGCUGGCAGCAGAGGAGCUUCUCCUCUCUGGGCGUGAAGAGGAAGAAGGCGGUGGAUGAAGAUGGAGAAGAGGAGUCCGACAGCAGCAGAGCUAGACUGCUGUCCUCCAUCAAGCAGAAGAGCUACAGCUGCUACCAGGAGGCUCCCAAGUCCCGGAGGCACCGGCAGGCGGAGACGGUGGAGUCGCUGAGCUGCGGGGCCGAGCAGCUGCAGGACCCCCCCGCAAGGCAGAAGAAGAGGCCUCCGUCUCUGCGGGCCCGGACCCAGCGGAGCCUGGGGGAGAGCCGGGAGGACAGCUGGACGCAGACCUGGCUGCUGAGCGUCCCGGAGCAGAAGGAGAGGCUCCCGGUGAGGAGUACCAAGCAGCCGGCGGCACAGUACGCCUGAGGACCAGAGCAGGAUGUUCUCCUCUUCUGUGGUAAACGGACAACCUUAGUUUAUCUUGUUCAUUAUAACCCGCCCAGUUUCUGUUUUAACUGGAAUUAUUGUUCAUAAAUUUAAUAAUAAAUCGUUCUUAAGUUCUUGCACUUGUCUGAGAAAUUGUUAAUCUGAGUACAAGUUCCAAAAGUCCACCAAGUCGGUGUUUGAAUCUUUCCUUCUCAAGUCAGUAAAUUACUCAGAUGUAAGCUGAGUUUCAGAGGACAACGUAAAAGUUUGUAUUCCUCCAUAUAGGAAAAUUAUGGAAAAAAUCUCCAAUGUUCUUGAAUAACACAUUAAAAUAAUAAUAUACAUCCUCACAUUUAAGAAUAUGUCAAUGGAACUGCAGUUAAAAAAAAUCUAAUUUUCGGGUUUCAUUUUAGAGAUUUGGUUUGUUUCAAAUGCAUAAAAAUGUCAAAUUUCCAUUUUGUUAGAAUUUUAUUAAUAGAUGAAACUUAUAUUCAGCUUUAACACAGGAGGUAUAUUUGUAAACAUUAGAUACGAUGGUAUUAGUUUUACAUGUGAUUAAAAGUGGAAAAUACACUUUACUGAGAGGAUUUUAAUGAAAUAUAUUAGUGUUACUGAAAACAAUGUUUUAUAGAAUUCUGAAUUAAAUAUUGGUCUGUAAUCAAAAAAACUUAAAAAGUUAAAGCCAUAAUGAUUAAUCUCAAUUAAUCGUCUUGAAAGAUUUUAGCAAAUUCGAAAGCCAAAGAUACUUAUUUUACGAUUAUAGAGGAGAAAAUAAACCAGAAAACAACUAAAUUAAGGAAAUUGGUCAACAUGGUCCCCAGGGUUGGCUUUGGUGGAGGAGGUGCAACAGUCCGGGCAGGCAUCAGUAGUCGGCGCAAAACAGAUGUGGCAAUUGUAGAUGGCUCAAUCACUGCACGUUCUUACCUCAGAGACAUCAUAGAACCCAUCAUCAUCCCCAUUUCCACCAGCACACCCCCAACUUUCGGUUCAUGGAUGAUAAUGCUCCACCACAUGGUGCAGAAUUGUCACAGCUCCACUUCAGGAAGUUGGAGUGCCUCAUAUGGUAUGGCCAGGAGUGUCCCCUUACCUGAACCCCAUAGAGCAGGUCUGGGACCACCUGAAGCAGCGACUGGAUGCUCGUACCCCUACAUGACCUGGCAGAACUGCGUGUAGUACUUGUGGAGGAGUGGAAUGCAUUGACUCAGAACAACAUCAUGAGGCUCGUUAGGAGCAUGAGACGUCAAGCUGUCAUUGUGACAAAUGGUGGAAACACCCACUACUGACUGUCAAUUUUGGUUAUUUGGGGCUGUCUUUGUUAUUGUCUAAAUUGUUGGGAUAAUAAAUAUUGCACGAAUGAAAAUGA